AUCCGACAUCCAAGUAACCGAACGACUUUGAUAAGAUGAGAAGCACUUGGGUCGCUGUGCUGACCAUUCUACUCAUAGUAGGCUCUGAAUACACAGUUUUGGCGGCGAUAGAAGACCAUGCGACCCCAUCGAACGGAACGGAAGCCAGAGCAGUUGGUGAAGCACGUGGCGAUUGGUUCAAUCAAAUUGGUGAGUUUAUUUCUCCUUAUCAGAAUACUGAGAACAUACUACUGGUGAUCGAUUUUUCCUUUGGAAUAGGAUUCCCGCAGCAGUUUUUCGGAGCACAACUGGCGUGGUUCAACGUGGGGUUUUAUUUCAUGUUGGCGUUUCUGAAAGUGUUUCUUCUGAUGGGAAUUUGGCCGGUUUUCAACGAAAAGUAUGAAGAGGAACCGACGGUCUACAACGGAAUCUCCGGAUAUGGCCACAAUCAUGUUUAUUACAGUAUUCCAUCAUGGCCGACUUAUGGUUGAUCUCUGAACAAUAGUUUUGUUCAUUCUGUGAUAUAAGCUAAUUUGUUAUUUAUAAUCAAUAAAGUAAUGUAUUUUAUAAAUAAAGGCAAAUUAUUCAUGUUUUUCUUGUAUGACAUCAACCUUGUAACAAUAUCGGUGUUAUUAGACUUUCAAAACCCAAUUUUUAAUAGUAAGCAAGUUAUAAGACCAUGACAAUUCUUGUUAUGUUACUUGAACUAUGUACCUCGUGCAAAAGGAUUCUGCUGCCUUAAACCUUCGUGCAUGUAUCCUCAACAUCAUUCAAAUGUUCAUCGUAGCGCUGCUUCCGCCUUUCGAUCA